UUAGUUACCAGGUCAUAAAAUCCCUUAAAAAAACAUUCUCAAUGUGUCAUGGUAAUUUGAUAAUGUUAUUACGGUUUUUUUUGCGAUUUCUAUGUACUAUACUACAGUAUUUUACGAGGUUUAACUUAAUAAAAUGAUAGUUUGUUAACUUUGACGAAAGUGGCAUACGUUUCAUAUGAUUCUUUCACAAGUUUAAAAAUAAAGCAGUAUCUUUCAAUGAAAACAAAUUUAAUUUUGUUGAAAAGUUUUUCUCUUAUUAGACAUAGAUACAACAUGGAUCCUACAAGUAUGAAAAACCUUAUUAAAAUAUGCAUUCCACCUCUGGAUAAAAGUAGUCAUAAAGGGCAAGCCGGAAGAAUAGGGGUAAUUGGUGGUUCUUUAGAAUAUACUGGUGCACCUUAUUUUGCGGGGAUUAGCUCACUCAAAGUAGGUGCAGACUUGGCACAUAUAUUUUGUUCUUCAGUUGCUUCUGCAGUAAUUAAAUCAUAUAGCCCAGAAUUAAUAGUGCAUCCACUACUAGAUAAGCAAGAUGCUGUUGAGGAAAUAUUACCAUGGUUUGACAGACUCCAUUCUAUAGUUAUUGGCCCUGGAUUAGGAAGAGAUUGGCAAACAUUUGAUAUAAUAGCAAAAUUAAUAGAAGUCAUCAAGCAAAAGAAAAUACCCAUUAUCAUUGAUGCUGAUGGUUUGUUUUUAAUAACAGAAAAACCAAACUUAAUUAAAGAUUUUGAUUCACCAGUAAUAUUAACCCCUAACAAAAUAGAAUUUGAACGACUAAGUAAUAAAAUAGAUGUACAGACAAUGGGGAAAAAUGUUACUAUAUUAAAAAAAGGGCCCAAUGAUGAAUUAAUAAGUCCAUUUCCUGAGUUCACUUGGUCAUUGGAGACUGGGGGAUCUGGACGGAGGUGUGGAGGACAGGGUGAUUUAUUAUCUGGAACUAUAGCUACAUUCAUGCAUUGGACUCUCGCUAAUAUUGAUAAAAUUAAAAUACCAGAUAUAUCUAAUAAUAAAAUGUUAGCAGCUUCUUUGUCUUGUUAUGCUGCAUGUAUUUUAGUAAGAAAGUGCAAUGAAAAGGCUUUUAAAUUAAAAGGUCGAAGUAUGUUAGCUACUGAUAUGAUAGAAUUUAUACAUGAUGCUUUUGAAGAAUUAUAUGACCAGUAAUGUUUAGUUUUUAUAAGGAUAGUGAUUGUGAAAUAAUGGUUUAAUGAAAUUAUCAUGUAUGUAUAUAUUAAUAAUGUAUAAUA